GACCGACAGACAGACAGACAGACAGACAGACAGACAGACAGACAGACAGCCAACAGGCGGUGAGGGACGACGAUGUUUGAAAAUGUCCCAGCAGUGUCCACAGCCGAGCGUCAGCAGGUUCUGGGAGCUCUGGAGCGUCUGCAGGCCAAACUGGUCCAGAGGGAGGAGUGGACCCACAGUGAGACCAUGGGGAACCUGAGGGAGUCCCUGCAGUGUCCUCUGUUCAACCACAUCCUGACCCUGCAGCACUCCAUCAAACAGCUCCGAAACCAGCUGAGCAGUAUGCCUCCUGACGCCUGCAGCGAGUUCAGUUUCUCCAAAAAGGGUCAGCUGAUCAUGAGCGCCGUUAAUCCCGCCAGCAGCUCGGCCCCGCCCACCCUGUCCGCCUCCUCCUCCGUCCUGACCAAUGGCUCGUCUCCGCCCAUCCAUCAGACUCCGCCCUCGUCUGACCUCCUGCAGAAAUGGAUCUUUGGCGCCGCUGAGGGGCGUGACACGGAGCUGGUCACUCUGACCCGGCCUCUCUCUGGAGGUCUGGGCUUCAGCGUGGUCGGUCUGAAUCCAGCAGGAAACAGCUUCCAGGGCGUCUUCGUCAAACACAUCCAGCCCGGAGGCGUCGCACACAGGGACGGGCGUCUCCAGGAGCGGGACCAGAUCCUGGUGAUAAACGGCAGCCCUCUGGAGCCGGGGAUCAGCCAGCAGCAGGCCCUCGCCCUCCUGCAGCAGACCGGAGAGACCGUGGAGCUGGUGGUCGCCAGGGACCGCCCCCUCAACGCAUCACCACUACCUGCCGCCAACGCCGCCAUCAGCACGGAUCAGUGGGGUCACGUGGAGGAAAUCGAGCUGGUCAACGAUGGAUCCGGUCUGGGUUUCGGCAUCGUGGGAGGGAAGACGACCGGGGUGGUGGUCCGGACGCUCAUCCCAAACAGCGUGGCUGACAAGGACGGGCGUCUCCGCACAGGCGACCACAUCCUUCGCAUCGGGGCGACGCCCACCAGCGGCCUCACCAGCGACCAGGUUGUCAAGGUGCUGCAGGGCUGCGGCAGUUAUGUGACCAUGCUGAUCGCCAGGGACCCCCGAGGUCAGAGGUCGGCAGCCCCGCCUCCCCCACCACCUCCAAACUCCGCCCCGGUCUCCUCCUUACCGCCCCAACCCCCGGACCUGCCCCCCCAACAACGCCGGCUCAGCCAGACGCCCAACCUGGAGGGAUACGAGAUCCAUGAGGUCGCUCUGAACAAGAAGGACGGUCAGAGCCUCGGCAUCUCCAUCAUCGGCUACAACCCCCUGACCAGCCAAGACGCUGUAGGUGUGUUUGUGAAACAUGUGGUUCCCGGCAGCGCCGCAGAUCAGAGUGGAAACAUCCGAGUCCACGACCGAUUGAUUGCUUUGGACGGUGUCAGUGUCCACGGUCUGACCAAUCACGAGGUUCUGGAGGUGAUGAAGAGGACGGGUCAGACUGUCGUUCUCUCUGUGGUCAGGAAGAAACCCAGAGCCCUGGAGAGAUCCCUGGAUAAAGUGGAGAGGGAGUCGUUUCGGGUGUCACUGAGGAGGUCGUUGGACAUCAAGACUCGCUCGUCUGGGUUUGGGUUUACGUCGCCGAUCCUCGAACCGACGUACCCGAACACAGGACAGCUAACGAGGGCUACAGAUGCUGAACUGAGGGAUAAAUGGGAGGCGGCUCUGGGACCACAGUACCAGGUUCUGGUGGUGAAGUUGGAUCCUGUCAUUGAAGACGAUGCAGAGCUGCAGAAAUCCUCCAAGCUGCUGCCCAUCCACACUCUGCGUCUUGGCGUCGAGCUCGACUCGUUUGAUGGUCACCACUACAUCUCCUCAGUGGCCCCUGGGGGCCCUGUGGACAAACAUGGACUCUUGAGACCAGAGGACGAGCUCCUGGAGGUGAAUGAUGUCCAGCUGUACGGUAAGACCCGCCGGGAAGCAGUGUCGUUCCUCAAAGAAGUGCCUCCUCCGUUCACGCUGGUCUGUUGCCGGCACCCGACCUCCGACCUGGAGCCAGAACCAGAAUCUGAAUCUGACCUGGAGCCUGAACCCGCACUGCGACCUGGACAUGAACCUGGAACUGGACCAGUACCAGUAAGACAGUCCCAACCCAGUGUGGAGGAGAUCGAGCUGAAGCUGUCGUCGAUACUCUGCAGUCAGACAGAACAGAGAGAGAACGCCAUUGAGCAGCAGCUAGCAGCUAGACAGGAGCCGGUAUCCCCUGUAGAGGAGGUGCUGAAGACUCGACACAGCCAGGAAGAAGAAGAAGAGGAGGAGGAGCAGCAGGAGGAACAGGAUGAAGAAGAUGAGGAUGAAGGGGAGCUCGCUCUGUGGUCUCCAGACGUUCAGGUGUUGGAGCUGCAGAAGGAGAGAGACAAAGGCCUCGGCUUCAGCAUUCUGGAUUACCAGGACCCGCUGGAUCCCGGUCGCUGUGUCAUGGUGAUUCGGUCUCUGGUUCCCGGCGGUUCAGCUGAGCAGCGCGGCGGUCUGCUUCCUGGAGAUCAGCUAGUGUCGGUCAACCAGACCCGGGUGGACCUGCACACCCUGGCCGAGGCCGUGGAGGUCCUGAAGUCUGUCCCAGCUGGCACGGUCCGCCUGGGCAUCCGCAAGCCUCUGGUGGAGGGACCAGAGAGGAGGAGCCAGGGGUCUCUGAGCAACACACAACUACCUGUGCCAAAGGGUUUCGGUGACAGCUCCAUCCUGCCAGAAGACCUUCGACAACAAGAAGAGGAAGAGGAGGAAGAAGAGCCGGAGCUGAUCCUGGAUGGAGGUCUGCCUCGCUACACCUCCUUCUCUCUGACCUCUGGCCUCCUGCCUGUGGAGGAGGGCAGGGAGAUGGCUGUGGACGAGGAGAUGGCCGUGGACGAGGAGAUGGAGGUGGAGAUGGAGAAGGAGGAGGAAAAAGUGGAGGAGAGCAUGGGUUCCCUCCCCAGGAAACCUCCUCCGUCGUGGGAGGAGUGGAAGCUCAGCUCCUCCAGCCGGGGCAGAGGAGCAGAGGAGACUCGGAGGAGAGAGAAUCAGGAGGAGGACCUGCAGAGAUCAGACCAUGAAAGCAUUGUGUCUGUAGGAAACCUGGUUCUGGACUCCAGAGACAGUGAAGCAGACUCCGAGCUCACUCUGACCGACACCGACACAGAGUCUGUUAGGAUGAUUGACACACAGAGGAGGAAGAGGCGGAGCCAGGGAGGAGCCUCUCUUCCAAUCAGAGGAGGGCACGGCCACCUUCCUGAGAGAGAGGAGGGGGAGGGAGAGGAAACUCCUGCCUUCAGUCACUGGGGACCCCCCCGCAGGGUGGAGGUGUGGCCUGAAGAGGGUCAGUCUCUGGGUCUGAGCAUCGUGGGUGGCCGUCACAUCAUCAAGCGCCUGAGGAACGGAGAGGAACUGAAGGGAAUCUUCAUCAAACAGGUUUUACCCAACAGCCCUGCAGCCAAAACACAGUGUCUGAAGACCGGAGACAAGAUCCUGGAGGUGUCUGGUGUCGACCUACAAGCCGCCAGUCACGAGGAGGCGGUCAGUGCCAUCAAAUCAGCUCCGAGUCCCGUCGUCUUCAUCGUCCAGAGCCUGUCAACUACUCCCCGGCCUGUGUCUCUGACAGCUUCCAGCUACAGUAAACACAGAGCAGAGAGGACAGAGUCUCCGCAACCACCUGCAGCUCCGCCCCCUCUGAGACAACCCCCACCCUACAGACCUCCCAACCAAUCAGAGCAGGAGCUGAGCUCUGACCUGAAGCAGGUCAAAGAGCGUUGGUGUGAGCGUUAUGGAGACCUUCGGGGGGAGCUGCUGUGCGUGGAGCUCGAGAAGGAGCGGCAGGGUUUGGGUCUCAGCCUGGCGGGAAACAGGGACCGUUCCCGCCUCAGCAUCUUCGUGGUGGGACUCCAUCCGGGAGGGCCAGCCGCUCGGGACGGACGCAUCAGGGUUGGAGACGAGCUGCUGGAGAUUAACAACCAGGUCCUUUAUGGGCGGAGUCAUCAGAACGCCUCGGCCAUCAUUAAGAGCGCCGCGUCCAAGGUGAAACUGAUCCUGCUCAGAAGUGAAGAUGCUAUAAACCAGAUGGCCGUACCCCCGUUCUCGACUCCCCCUCCUCCCCCUGUCCUCAGCCCUGAGACCGUCUGUCCAGCUCCUCUCGGUGUCUCCGCCCCCACAGACGGACCCCGCCACCCCGACAGCCUGACGCUCCACCCAUCAUCUGACGCACCGUUUGGGUCUGUUGAACAGGACGAGACGAGUGACGAAUCUGAACAGAACAACAAGAACAGGAACAGAAGCAGCAACAGCGCCCCCAAGAGUCUGAGAGAGGCUGACACCCUCAAAAAGAGGUUGAAAGUUGCAGAGUCUCCAGAAAACGAUCUUCAGGCUCAGAGGGCGUCGCUGGAGCAGCAGUCCUGCAGGUCUCACAGCAGCUCCAGUAAACAGACGGCAGCAACUCCUCCUCUGAUCAGCCCAGACCUGCAGACCGCCAACAGAGACCCAUCAUCCUGUGCUGUGGUUCCUGGUCAGGAGACGCUGUUGGAGAUCUGUAAAGGUCGAUCAGGACUGGGACUCAGUAUAGUCGGAGGAAGAGACACACAGCUGGACGCCAUAGUGAUCCAUGAGGUUUAUGAAGAAGGAGCAGCAGCCAGAGACGGACGUCUGUGGGCCGGAGACCAGAUUCUGGAGGUGAACGGUGUGGACCUCCGCGGGGCGUCCCACGAGGAGGCCAUAGCCGCCUUGAGGCAGACGCCGGCGAAGGUCCGCCUGACGGUGCUGAGGGACGAGGCUCAGUACCGGGACGAGCAGAACCUGGACCUGUUUAAGGUGGAACUGCAGAAGAAGAGCGGCAGAGGGCUCGGAUUCAGUAUCGUCGGGAAGAGGAGCGGCAGCGGUGUGUUUAUCUCGGAGGUGGUCAGAGGAGGCGCUGCUGAGCUGGACGGCCGUCUGAUGCAGGGAGACCAGAUCCUGUCAGUCAACAGAGACGACACGAGACACGCCUCCCAGGAGACUGUCGCCGCCAUCCUGAAGUGUGCUCGGGGUCCGGUCCUGUUGGAGCUCGGACGACUCAAAGCUGCGUCCUGGAUCUCAUCCAGACACAACUCACAAGGAAGCCAGAUGAGUCAUGUGAGUGGGAACAGCUCGGGUGUUGUGGCUCCGCCCUCUGACCCCCCGACCUCUGACCCCCCGACCUCUGACGCCCCGACAUUGACCUCCGCCGGGUCCCUGCUCCUCAACAACAACAUGAAGCCCGCCAGUGACAUCACCUCCUCCUCCUCCAACAGCACAGGGGUCGAUGCCGGCAUCCGUACAGUGGACAUCACGCGGGGUGUCAGUGACUCCCUCGGGGUGAGUAUAGCCGGGGGGAAGGGCAGCCCGCUGGGUGACAUCCCCAUCUUCAUCGCCAUGAUUCAGGCCAACGGAGUCGCCGCCAAAACACACCGACUCAAGGUGGGCGACAGGAUCGUCAGUAUUAACGGUCAGUCUGUGGACGGUCUGUCUCACAGCGAGGUCGUCACCAUGCUGAAGAACAGCUACGGGAUCAUCAGCCUGCAGGUGGUAGCGGACACCAACAUCAGCGCCAUCGCCACUCAGGUAGAGAGUCUGUCCAGCAGCUGCAGUCUGACAGCCAACACGGACACACACACAGCAGAGCCAGAGGGUCCGCGGCCCCGCAGCAUCAGUCUGGAGAAAGGCUCUGAGGGACUCGGCUUCAGCAUCGUUGGAGGAUUCGGCAGUCCACACGGAGACCUCCCCAUCUACGUGAAGACCGUCUUCAGCAAGGGCGCGGCGGCGGUGGACGGGCGUCUGAAACGAGGUGACCAGAUCCUGUCGGUGAACGGAGAGAGUCUGCAGGGAGCGACACACGAGCAGGCGGUCGCCAUCCUGAAGAAACAGAGAGGAAACGUCACACUGGACAUCCUGUCAUAACACACACACACACACACACACACACACACACCUGCAUGCACACACCUGCACACACGUGCUCCUGGGACUCGAUCAGAUAAAUGACAGACUCUUGGACUACAUAUCAUCGUUAUGGAUCAUGAACUGAACUUCCCAACAUGCAAAAAAAGAGAGCCAGUAACCAGUACAACUGAUGUCUGACCCACAGAGGUUCUGCAGCUGAAGAACCGAUGGGCUCGUAUUCUGGUGUUUGUUUGGGUCUGAGGAUGGUGACAUAUUUACAUUCAGUUUAUCUUUUCUUCCAGCACCACCAAAACCAGUUUAAUUCCACAAAUACUCAAUCUAAUGAGCAGAAUGAAUGAACAGUUGUGUUUUCAUAAAGCCUCAGAAUAAGAGCCAUUUCUUUUUUCUUCACCUCAAUUGACCCUUCCUAAGCCCCGCCCCCCGCCGAGCUGUGCUCCAAUCACAGUUGAGCAUCUUUGGAGAUCUCACCUUGAACUGAGGCUGAUGAUUCGAUGGGUAAAAUAAUAUUUAGUUGCAGCCCUGAAAUGUAUUACAGUUUAUCUUAGAAAUAUAAAUAUAAUGGAAAUCCAUCAAAUGAUUGUUGAGAAUUGUCAACCUCAUGGUGGCGUUAGACAAAACCUCGUAACCUCGUUCAUAAUAAUCAUAAUGAAGUGACAUUUAAAUCCAACCUGUUAAUAUUGCAGAGGAACAAAAAGGGAAGAUCUGUUCACUGACACUGCUGCUCACAUUAGCUUAGCAUCUCCUCUGUGGUAAAACUGGUUAGCAGUAGCAGAAUUAUAGCUUUAAUUCAAACUUUAUUCCAUAAGAGACAAAAUUAAAAUGUUCCUUCAUGAUAGAGAUACACUUGGAAAAGUUUCCUUUAAGUUCAAAAUGAAAUCUCUGUUAAUCAGAUAAUUCAGCUCGUUAAAGAGUCUGAAUUAUUAUCUACUAUAUUAUUAACGAGGUCUUAAGUUCUUAUAAUUAUUCAGUCCAGAGAACACAGAACAGAUAUUAAAGGAAUGAAUCCAUACGACACACACACAUUAUAUAAACUGUAUAAACUCAUGUCUCCAUGGAGAUGACUCUCAGGACUGGGUGGGCUUGGAGACCCCCUGUCGCCCCCGGCAACAGAUACAGUGUCUUCCACAUGAUUGUUAUCAUGGAGACAAAAGUUUGUGUCUUAUUAGAAAGACUUUCUAGAAGCAGGCGUGAAUAAAAAGCAACAGAGCGACAUUUCUCUCUCGUUCUCCCUCUUCUCCACGGCGUGUUAGCCUAGCUUAGCACAAAGACUGGAAGCAGGGGGAAACUGUUAGCCUAGCUCCUUGAAGAGAACAACACCUUUUAAACGACUCCAAACCGGUCGGAUUUAUUUUAUUUGUCAAGUCUUUAGCAUGGAAGUACGUUCAUGUUCAAGUUGUUAUUAUCUUGUAUGCUAACGUGCUAGAGGUAGGACGGACUCAAACCAACAACCCCACAAGUGUUUGUAAUGUAUUAAGGUGUUAUUAUUAUAUAUUAUUUAGUGCUCGGAUUAAGGGUUUUUUAUUGGGCAGAAACACCUUAAAUGUGUCAUUUAACACGCACAACUGAAUCUGUUAGGGUGGAAAUUAAGGACGUCUUUGUUACAGAUUAAAGGGUUGAAAAUGUAGAAAGCCGUUCUAAAUAUCUUAAUUGAGCUUUUUCACAGCAAUAGUAGGGUAAACACAGGUGUUACCAAUGAUACCGUGAAGAAGGUCUAUUGAAAAUACCGUAAAUUAGUACGUUAAUUAAAGGAACAAAGGUACUCAGUGUCGUAAGGACUUUAGCUCCGGUGCUAACAGUUGCUAAAGUUUCCUUUUACAUUUUCAUAUUUUUACAACUCAUCAAUAAAAAAAAGACUCAACAUGUAAAUCAGACAGAGUUGAAGUUGUUGGAAAGGUUAGAACCGUUUCCCCUGAUUCUAGUCUUUGUAGUCAAACAGACCUUUGUCUUUGUCCUCUGAUGGAGUCACUUUUAUUUUGGCAAUAUUUAAAUUCACUAAGCGCCAAAGCUAAAAGAUCUUUAACCUUAGAUCUGUCCUCACUUUUAUAAGCUGAGGCCGUUGAGCUACAGCAGCUCUUUGUAAGUCCGUCCUGAGUUAGCUGCUAACUGUAAACUAUGAUUGGUUGCUAGGAAACAUCUGUUAGCGCCGUCCAAUCGAGAGCAUCCAAUAAUAUAAACUGGAAGUCACUGUAGCGUCACAAGCUAGCAUAACAUCCAAAAUUUAAAUCUUUUCAAAAGGCUCAAAAGAUAGAAAUCUUGUCAAAUGUAGUUUUAUUUCUGGAGAAAUAAUUCACAGCUAUCAGUGUUUAUGCUAAGCUAAUGGACGGUUACUCAUUGAGUCCGUUUUUAAUCAUUUGAGGUGUUUUGUGAAAAAGAAUCUUCCAGAUUUUAAUCAUUAUUAAACACAAUUUAUCAAGUAGAACGAGACUAAUUUAAAAACCUAACACUCUCUCAACCAAUAAAAGCUGAUUGCAGGUUUAAUUUCUCUAUUCUGUUUAUUCUCUAUUCUGUUUAUUCUGUUUAUUCUCUAUUCUGUUUAUUCUGUAUUCUGUUUAUUCUCUAUUCUGUUUAUUCUGUUUAUUCUGUUUAUUCUCUAUUCUGUUUAUUCUGUAUUCUGUUUAUUCUGUAUUCUGUUUAUUCUCUAUUCUGUUUAUUCUGUUUAUUCUGUUUAUUCUCUAUUCUGUUUAUUCUGUAUUCUGUUUAUUCUGUUUAUUCUGUUUAUUCUCUAUUCUGUUUAUUCUGUAUUCUGUUUAUUCUGUUUAUUCUGUUUAUUCUCUAUUCUGUUUAUUCUGUAUUCUGUUUAUUCUGUUUAUUCUGUUUAUUCUCUAUUCUGUUUAUUCUGUAUUCUGUUUAUUCUGUUUAUUCUGUUUAUUCUCUAUUCUGUUUAUUCUGUUUAUUCUCUAUUCUGUUUAUUCUCUAUUCUGUUUAUUCUGUUUAUUCUGUAUUCGGUUUCAGAUUCAGGGAGCGGAUUUGAUGAAAUGCUAACAAACAUUAUCUGGAGAACAAGAGGAUUUAAUAAAACGUCGGACUGUUGCUUUCUUAUAUUUUACAAUGUGACGGUAGUUGUGCGUCAGCAGAGUUUUGCUAACGUUAAGUUCGAUACCACAGUACUCUGUUCAGAUAUUUAGGUUAAUUAAAACUAUUUAGAACAGUUUGUUUCUGAGGAAAUGAUCUGUUGAGCUUCCUGUACUUUAUACAUAUCAAUCAAGUGCAAAAUACUUCAUGUUCAGCUUUUUGUUGCCAUAAUUACUGUCUUCAUUUUUGGUACUUUAUUUGUAGAUGUCACAGAAGAACUGUAAUUUAUUUUUUGAUUGCUGGAAAUUAACAAUGUCUUUUUUGUUGCGUUGUUUUAUGUUUUGUCAGAAAUCACAAUGGAAACCCUGCAGCUUCUGUUUGCCUUCACACAGGAGUCAAAAACCAGCUGGGGCUGCACUUUAUUUUACAUCAUUUCCUCACGUUACCUGGAAAGAACUGUCAUUUGGUUGUAUUUAUAGAGAAAAUACAGUUAGUGUUCAGUUGAAUCUUUUAGUCAGAGCACAAUAAAUGAAUAAUGAAUUGCCA